UGUAGAAAUUUCAUUUCAUGCUACAAGAAGAGAGAAACAGAGAGGAAGAAGAAAGAACGAAGGAAGAAGAAAACCACUGCGAUUUUCAGAAUGCUGGAGGAACCCAUUGAGCUAGAAGUAGGAUGGAGCCUCAUGAGGAAGGGAAUUGACAAGGUAGAGGCCAUUCUCGAUGGCCAACCUGAAUUGUCAUUCACCCUGGCUGAGCACAUCCAACUCUAUACAACAAUUUACAAUCUUUGUGGCCAAUUUCCCCCAUAUGGCCAUUCAGAAGAACUUUACAAGAGAUACAGGCAAUCAAUUAGAGACUACAUCAAUUCGAAGGUAUUAGUCUCAUUGAAAGAGAAGCAAUACUUGUCUUUGUUGAGAGAACUUGUGCGAAGGUGGAGAAAUCACAAAGUUUACAUCGGAUAUCUCUAUGAAUUCUUUAGUUAUCUUGAUCUCUAUUACACAUGCCAUCUUUCCCUCCCCCCACUUAAAGAAUUGGGCCGACUAUGCUUCUAUUACAUGGUCUACGUCAAGGUAAAUGGUAGAAUUAAAGAUGUGGUGCUUGAUUUGAUUGAUAAAGAGCGUGAAGGAGAGCAGAUCGAUCGGGCCUUAAUAAAGAGCAUUGUGGAUGUUUUCAUAGAAGUUGGGAAGGGUGGACGUAUGGAAUUAUACGAGAAUGACUUUGAGGCGCCCAUGCUCGAUAGUACAGCUAAUUACUAUGCCCAAAAGGCUUCAAAGCAUUUUGAUGAGGAUUCGUGCCUCCAAUACAUUAUGAUGGUUGAGAGGUGCUUGAAAAGAGAGAAGGAUAUGGCCUUUUGUUGCCUACAUUCAAGCAGUGAGCCGAAGCUGUUGGAGAGAGUGCAACAUGAGAUGCUAUUCAUGUAUAUGAGCCAACUACUUGAAAACGAACAUACAGGAUUGCAUGUAUUGCUUCGAGAUGACAAGGUGGAGCAUCUUUCAAGGGUGUAUAAUAUCUUUUCUAAGAUAACCGGAGGCCUGGAGCUAGCAUCGGAGAUAUAUAAAAAGCAUGUAACUGAAGAAGGUCUGGCCUUGGUCAAAUGUGCAGAUGAUGCAAUGAGCCAAAAGACGGAGAAUAUAGACACCAUCGAAUCACGAGAUCAAGUUUUCGUAAGAGACCUUAUUACACUUCACAACAGGUACAUGGGCUACGUGAAAAAUAAUUUUAUGAACCAUGCUCUCUUCCACAAGGCACUCAAAGAAUCUUUUGAAGUAUUCUGCAAUAAGGAUGUUGCAGGCAACCCACCUCCAGAGUUACUAUUGAUUUGUGUUGACAAUACUCUUAAGAAGGGUGGUGUAACUGAGAAGCUAAGUGAUGAUGCUGUUGAUGAGAUGCUUGACAAGAUUGUGGGAGUGCUUGCCUAUAUCCAUGACAAAGAUAUCUUUGCUGAAUUAUGCAGGAGAAAGCUUGCUUGUAGGCUGUUGUUUGAUAGGAGCACAAAUGUUGACCAUGAACGAAGCCUUUUAACUAAGCUGAAGCAACAAUGGACUGGCCAACUUACCUCGAAGAUGGAAGGAAUGGUUAUGGAUUUGACAUUAGUGAGGGAGAAUCAACAGAAUUUUGAGAGUUAUCUUCAGGAGAACCCACAUGAAAAUGCAGGAAUUGACUUGGCUGUCACUGUUCUGACUUCUGAUUUCUGGCCCAUGGACAAGUCAUCUGAUCUCAACCCUCCAUCAGAGAUGAUAAGUGGUGUUGAGGUUUUUAUGAAGUACUAUCAAAGUAAAGCAAAGAACCGAAAGCUGAUGUGGAUCUCCUCACUCGGUACCUGCGUCUUAACUGGCAGGUUCAAACCAAAACCGAUCGAGCUAGUUGUAACUACCCGUCAGGCUGUGACUUUGUUACUCUUCAAUGCUUCGGAAAAAUUGAGUUACCAAGAGAUUGCCUUACAGCUAAAUCUGACUGAUGCAAUUGUGACUAGAUUGUUGCAUUCGCUGUCAUGUGCAGGAUAUAAGAUUCUAAACAAAAAGCCGAAUAACAAAACCGUCUCCAAAAGCGACACCUUUGAAGUCAAUUCUAUGUUUACUGACAAGAAGAGGAAGAUCAAGGUUCCUCUUCCUCCCAUGGAUGAGAAGAAGAAGGCGAUGGAAAUUGUUCAAAAUGAUCGACAAUGCACGAUUGAUGCAGCUAUUGUCCGUAUUAUGAAGAGUAGAAAAGCCUUGAGCUUCCAGCAACUCGUCACAGAAUGUAUGAAACAGAUCGACCACAUGUUCAGGCCCGACUUUAAGUUGGUUAAGAGACGGAUCGAAGCUCUUAUACACAGGGAUUACUUAGAGAGGGAGCAAGAUAAUCCUAAUGCAAUUAGAUACAUCUCUUGAAUUGUUAUCAUGACAGCAAAAGCAUGGUCCAUAUUAUCUGGGUAUAUCCAAAAUGGGCUCCACAUAAGUGUACAUAGUGAUUUUGUACAAAACUAGCAAUACUAGACUACAAAAUACAUGGAGGACCAGCUAAUACGCUGGGUAGAUGCACUGCUGUAAAUACAAGUGGCAUUAACUAAAAAAUGGAAAUAAAAAACUGAGAAAUACACGCAUUAAUGCAUAUUGGUUCUGCAAACUAUACAUUGUUUGAGGCUUAAAUCCCGGCCAUUAUUCCAAAUUGCUUGUUUUCCUAUAAAAGUGCGAACCCUUCAAAUGCAUUA